AGGUGAUGUCAUGGAGGCAGCGUUGGUCCUGUUGCUGAUGCUGUUGCCCGGCGCCUGUAUCCGUGCAGCCAGACGAGGGGUAACCGUAGUCACUGGUCCAUCAGCAUCAGCAGCAUCAGCAGCAGCAGCAGCAGAGCAGAAGGGGACAGAGGGGGACUGAGAAGGAUCUUCAGCAUCCCUGGAGAGUUACAUACGCAGUGAGAAGAUGACUCUGGCAGCCUACAAAGAGAAGGUCAAAGAGCUCCCCCUGGUGUCUCUGUUCUGUUCCUGCCUGAAUCCACAGACUACAGACAAACCCACAUACAAGGCAGAAGAUGCGGUGGACCUGGGCUGGUGCGUCAUCAAAGACGUGGAGGUAAUUGAGCUGAACAAGCGGACAUCUGGCCAGGCCUUCGAGGUCAUCCUCAAGCCCCCGUCCUUCGAUGGAGUGCCGGAGCUCAACGGCUCCAUGCCGCAGCGCCGCGACCCGUCCCUGGAGGAGAUCCAGAAGAAGCUGGAGGCUGCCGAGGACAGGCGAAAGUGCCAGGAGGCGGAGCUGCUGAAGCACCUGGCGGAGAAGAGAGAGCACGAGCGCGAGGUGAUCCAGAAGGCCUUCGAGGAGAACAACAACUUCAUCAAGAACGCCAAGGAGAAGCUGGAGCAGAAGAUGGAGGCCAACAAGGAGAACAGGGAGGCCCUGCUGGCCGCCAUGCUGGAGAGGCUGCAGGAGAAGGACAAACACGCGGAAGAAGUGAGGAAGAACAAGGAGAUGAAGGAGGAGGCCUGCCGGUAGAUGAGCGGAGGAGAAGAAGAGAAGAAGAGGAAGAGCAGGACUGGGAGUUUUACGAGUCGGUAAAAAAAAAAAAAAAAAAUCAAAACAGUGCAGGAAAUAAAAAAAAAGAACUCCAAAGCAACUCGAACAAAGAGGGAAAGCCGGGUUUUCAUAUUUGAUGUGUGCUGUAACGAUUCUGAACAAGCUGUACAAAGUUUAGCCAACUCUUGAUGUUGAAAUUCAAAAAGAAGUCGCUUUUUUUCUAAAGGAAAGUGGGUGGGGGGUGGGUGGGGUGGCAUCAAAACAAAGAUUUAAAACUCUAAAAGAGGGGCGACAGUGGCUGUUUGGUGACGAAUGAAAGCUGCAUCAAGGCAGAAAUUGAAUCAUAGCUCUCAAUUCAGUUUCUACAGUCAGAAAGCAAAAAAUUAGAACUGCCUGCUUAUUAUAGCUGUAUUUUUCUGGAUGAUGUCUUGUAUCCGAAGUUGUAACUGGAUGCCGCCAAUUUGGCAGCCAAUUGCACCGUUUCCAUCCAAUUGCACUGUAUCUAUGGAGUAGGGAGUUGCGCUCUAAAAAAACAUGACAAAUGUGUGAUGUGCUUAAAUAUAAAAACUGGACUGGAUUUAGUUUUUAGCCCUAGUCAGUCAGUCUCAACCAAUACAAGUCAAAGCCAAGAGUCCCAGGCUUCUUCAGUGAUUUACAGCGAGUGAUUCUCAAAGUGGGGUCCAGGGACCCUCAGGGGGUCUCUGGCACUCUGCCAGUGGGUGUGUGAAAUAAUUUGCUAUAAGUUAUAAAAUUGUACUGUAUCAUUAAAAAGUCUUCAUAUCUACAGAGGGGUCCAUUUGCGCCAAAAUAAAACAAGCAUAUAGUGUCCAGUACUCCCGCCCACAUUAGCUUUGGGCCAAUAGAAACUCUGAUAUGAUUGUGACGCAUCACGUCAAUCUGUCAUGAAUCAGUCACUUUUAAUCAAUUACUAUGAUUUGUUCUGUAACACUGUUAUGAUAACUUCUGUUAUGAUUUGUUCAGAGCUUUCUGCCAAUGAUUUGAAUGAGCAAUUGAUUGAUUGAUUGAUUGAUUGAUUGAUUGAUUGAUUGGUUUGUUGGUUGAUUGGUUGAUUGAUGAUAAUUAUUUUAAAGUUGAUGCACUUACUGAAAGUCAGCUUUAAACUAGUAAAUGUAAACAUCUGGAUUAAUUAGGACAUUGGCAUUAACUAGGGAUGCACCGAUACUGAUACCGGAUCAGAUAGAUUUUGUUUAGAUUUUGUUUUGCCAAUAAUAAUAAAAAACAUAAUAAUAAUAUAAUAAAUAAUAAUUCAGUAUUUGUUACAUUUUGUUUUACAAAGUUAGGAAACAAUGUUUAAGUCGAGCCUGAUGUUGCCUUACACAUAAAAAAAUUAUCCCAGUCACUUCCACACAGUGAGGCAUACAGGAUAUUAAUUAAAGGCGGAUAUUGGAUCGGUACUCGGUAUCGGGUGAUAUCCAAAGCCCAGGUAUCGGUAUCAGGACUGAAAAAGUCGGCUAGGUGCAUCCCUAGUGUUAACUUGAUUCAAAUUGAAACGUGUUUUUGUUUCACUUUGUCACUAUGAAACGGGUCUAAAGUAUUUAUGUUAAAAAGUUUUAAAAUACAAAUAGUUCUGACGGCUAAGAGUACAAAUGGUAGUUAGCAUAUGCUUGAUUACGAUAUGUCGAUUCCGAUUAAUUGUUACGAUUAUGAGGGGCACCUUGGAAAAAUGUUCUACCCUGUAAUGGUACGUGUCCACAGGCUGCGUCCUUUCCGCGCUUCCCAUUCAUUGUCUAUGUACGCAUCCAUGCAAUGCAUUCUGGGAGCGUGACGGCACAAUUCGAGAAACGGACCGUCACGUUGCCCGCUCCUCAUUUGCAUAAAGAAAUCGGGGGCGUCCGGCCUGGAAACUCCCUAGAAACUUUUAAACUAACCAUUGUCGAACUGAAAUAAAGACAGAUUCAGCGACUGCAUGGCUUUUUUCUCGCAUAAAAUGUUUUCAGGAACACAUUUCGCUGAACUAAUUACAUAAUAGAAGAGAAGAAAGUUCCCAAACGAGCCGCCAUGUUGGUUUCCGGCUUGAAAGCUGGGAGCAGCAGCCCACGGAGGGAAAGCGUUUGCGUCAGGUGCCAUAGUGUUUAUAGUGGCAGCCCCUCAGGCGUCCAACGCUGGAGGAAAACGCCCCUAUGGACAUGUACCAUACGGGGUUCCUGGCCCCAAAAAGUUUGAGAACCUCUGUAUUACAAUACCAGUCGAUACACAUGAACAGGACAUAACACACGAGCUUCUGCUGUUUUCAGAAUUCAAAAUAAAAACUGAUUUCCCUAUAGGUCCACUCAGCGCUAGCGUGCUAAUUCUUCAUCGCACCAUUUUUGGGAUUGUUGGGUCUGUCUGGGGACGCCUGAACUCAGUUAAUCUCACAAUAAUGUUUAUGAAUAUAAAAUGAAGAAGCAGACUUUUUUUUCUUUCUACAUUGCUCUAGGGGAGUAAAAGAGAGAGAAAAAAGAAGCUUAAAAAGGGAGGAAGCUCUGCUGGAUUCUGCCAUUUUCAGGCUCUUUGUGAAACUUUAACUGUAGUGUAGUUGUAGAUCAGUGACAUGCAUUAGAUUUAGAGCACUGAUUGCACUCGUAUUUCAUUAAGCACAACUCAAAAGCACAUAAUGCACACAUGAAGGACGGCGGAUAUACAGUAUACAGUAUAAAACAACAAUAACAUAAGUAGUAGAGUGACAGCAGUUCAGAAUUUGGAUGAAUUAGGUUGUGAAAGGAGGACUUUUGGGGGUUUUCUGACUAAGCGGCAGUCUCACUUUGCUUUGGCAUGUGUCACUGUGACAGUUUAUGAUUUUUCGAGGGAAUGUAAACCUAAAAGAGUAAACAGAACGAUGGAAUUUGCUCGAGUUGUUGAGUCAUACUGACUUGAUUGAAGUGUCUAAAUUGUUUGCACUGUAACCGGGGAGUCGGUCCAUGGGGUUUGUACUUGCUGUAACUGUGUGUCGCUGUAUAUCUUCGAGGCUGGAUUGAUUGUAUCUAUUUGGCAUGGUCAGUAAAAACGGCUUGACUGAACUCACA